UAUCUUUUGACAGAGUAAUCGUUCCUGUAUAUGUAUAUUUUCUUACAGCGAAAUAAGACAUGGCCAACCGGCCAACUGUAAAACGAAAGACGGACAGAAAGAAAGAAAAAGGAAGAUUUAUCACACAGCGUUUCGCUUAGGUCUCAACUUUCAAGGAGCAAACGAAGAAAAAUUCAGCCUGUCAAAAUGGUGAAAGCGGUGGUUGGAGAAGAAACCCAACUCAAAUUGAUUGAGGAUCGUCUAAGCCAAUCCGGUCUCCCCGUUCAGUUUGUGUUUUGUUUAUCGCAGUUGGGUCUCGUAGUAGGCAAGCUGAGCUCACCUUUAGACCGGGGUUUCGUCUUCGAUUUGGUUCCAACACCACCCAACGACGCCGGAGAGCCCGCGUGUUCACUCCUCGAGUCCGUCAAGGACGACAAGAAAAAGGGAACUAAGUCCAGAUCCCAGGCUGCCGAAGUCUCCUCUCUGUUUAUCGAUGGCGAUUGGGUCGCCGAACACGCUCGCCAGGUAGCUAGAAUGCUAGUGGGUGGAGUGAGGGUGGUUGGCAUCUAUAUAUGGGUGAGCAGUGAUGCUUCUAAAAAUUCAACUAUAAUGCUUUCUCAGCUCUUGCAGACUAUAAAGGGAGUUGCGGAAGCAACACCCCUACUGGAAACUGAUCGGGAGGAAAGACUGCUCAUUCACAUUUGUUACAGUCCAAUGAGAUGGACUUGUCGAAAUUGCACAUGGACUUCAAAUAUUACAUCAAGCAGCCUACGACCCUGUGAUUUCAAAAUGGGAAGGGUCCUAACUUCCCUUCAGACUUUCAAGUGCACCUAUAAUUUUAACCUUAGAUUGCCCAUAUGUCAUGAAAGUGAAUCAAAUGUGCAAACAUUGAGUGAUGUUCUUCGACAAGGAAUUUCUCAUCAUGCUAAAGAACUGAAAGAUGCAAAGGCGAUCAUUGAUGGUAAUUUGGUAGUUAGGGAUGAACCUUGCACCUUCUAUGGUGUGCAUGAAGUUGAAUUGCUUCUACCAUUCAUGAAAGACUCAAAUGCAGAAGCAUGCAGCAGAAAAGAUGCUCUCGGUGUUCUUGUCUUCAAUGGAUCAGUGUGUUCUUUUGCAUACUUGAACUCUAAAGAACCAAUUUCACAAGCUGUGUCUGAUAUAAAGAUGGAUAUCAUCAUGAGUCUGCAAAGUAGAUUAGAUAUCAUCUGUGAUGAGGCAUAUGGAGAUGUGGGACCAAAAGAUGAUGCUAGCCCAGAAGCAAGUGAUGGGAUAUCAACUGAUAAACCUGUUUCGCAGCUUGUCCUGCACUUCUUAAGGAAAAAAUACAUUGGGGAUGGUCAGAUUGCAGCGCCUGGAGUGUCAAUACAAGGUUCUGCUUUCUGGAAAAAUGUCAUGGAAGUAGUGCCAUUGAAGCUCAGAUGUUCGAAGUGGGUAGUUUGAGGGGGAUGUAAAAUUCUGGUUUGAUAAUUGGCUUGGUGAGGGGCCGAUUGCAGCUUGCUUACCGGUUGUGGGUGAUCCAAAUUUGCUUAUAUAUAAUGUAUGGGAGGGGUUGGGAUGGAACCUAGAGGUAGCUAGGCAGUUGGUGGAUGAAGAAAUGGUGCAGAAAAUUCUGCAUUCAAACGCUCGAGUUAGGGAGGGGAGGGAUGUAUUGGUUUGGCAGCAUACAAUGGAUGGAAUUUUUACUACUAAGUCGGCUUGGCAACUUAUUAGAUCUCGUGGAAGUAUGUGUCCUUGGAAGAAAUGGUUAUGGCAGGAUCAUGUGCUGAAGAAGAUGUCGUUUUUCUGUUGGCGGGCACGUCAAAAUGCAAUUCCAGUUGAUGAUGUUAUUCAACAACUUAGUAUCCCGGUUGUUUCUAAAUGCCAAUGCUGCGUUGCAAAUAAGGUUGAGACCUUAGAUCAUGUUCUUUGUGAUGGAGAGGGACCAAGAAAAGUUUGGGAUUUUUUUGCGGCUUUGUUUGCUGUCCAUUUACCAAAUUCUCGUGUAUGGACUGAUGUGGUGAAUGUGUGGUGGUGUCGGGCUUCUUUAUCCUCACAGGUACGUUGGCUCCGUGGUAUUAUUCUCAUUUCAUGGGCGCUUUGGAGAGCUAGAUGUGAGGCGCACAUGGAAGAUGUAAGAUAUGAUUGGAAGAAUAUUAUUCGGAUGGUUAAAUAUUUUAUUUUGGAGAUUUCAGGAGGCUUAAGAUCUUUUAAAUCAGUGGGUGAACAUGAUUUGAGAGUUAUGAGAGCUUUAAAUUGUCCAGUGGUUCCCAUUGGAGUAAGGCCACCGGUGUUAGUUGGUCAGAAUCCUCCUUUAAGGGGGUUCGCCAAACUUAAUGUGGAUGGUUGUUCACUUGGCAAUCCUAGG